AUCCAGAGCCCUACCUGAUCCAGAGAAAAGACAGGGACUCAGCGAUUGUGUUGAAAAAUGCUACACUUUCUUGGACCGGACCAACCAUGCAGACAGACUCCCCACUAAUCUCAGCCAAUGGGGAGAAGGGACAAAAAGUGGAGGAGAUGUGCCAGAAUGGGAGGACUGAAACCUUACCAACCCUGAGAAACAUCUCCUUCACUCUGCCUAAGGGCAACCUGCUUGGCAUCUGUGGGAACGUUGGGAGUGGAAAGACGUCACUGAUUUCCAGCAUUUUGGAACAGAUGCACCUUCUGCAGGGCUCCAUCACCGCUGAUGGGACAUUUGCCUACGUUUCCCAGCAGGCCUGGAUAUUUCAUGGGACUGUUCAAGAAAACAUCCUGAUGGGGGAACCUUUCCAUCAGUCCAAAUACAACAAAGUUGUGGAUGUCAGCAGCCUCAGAGCUGACCUGGAUAUUCUCCCAUACGGUGAUCAAACUGAGAUCGGAGAACGAGGCCUGAAUCUGUCAGGGGGGCAGAAGCAAAGAAUCAGCCUAGCCAGAGCUGUCUACUCCAAUAGGGACAUCUUCCUCCUUGACGAUCCGUUAUCUGCUGUCGAUGCCCAUGUGGGGAAACACAUCUUUGAGGAAUGCAUUAAGAAGGAGCUCCAAGGGAAAUCCGUCAUACUGAUUACACACCAGCUCCAGUAUCUGGAGUUCUGUGAUGACGUUAUGCUUUUGGAUGAUGGCGAGGUGCAGGAGGCUGGACACCACAAGGCCCUGAUGAAAGCCAAUGGCCGCUACGCUAAACUCAUCAGCAACUACCAGAUGGAACAGUCCAAGGUUAAAAAACAGCAAAGUACAAAACUGACUAAGGAGGAGUUGUCUCCCCAAGACGCUGCCCAGCCGAAGGACUUUAAGCCAAGAGAAAGCCCCGGCAGGGGCUUAGUGAACCCAGCAUUUGACAUGUCGGAUGAAAAGGAUGAUGAAAUGACAGCUGACCAAAGAUCUUCUCUCGGGGAUCAGCUGGUCAGUCAGGAGUCCAGCACAGAAGGUUCCAUCUCCUGGAGAGUCUACCAUCAAUACAUCAAGGCAGCUGGAGGCUACAUAGUAAGCUUCCUCACCGUCCUGAACAUCGUCCUGAUGGUUGGAGCCACAGUCGUAAGCAACUGGUGGCUCAGCUUGUGGCUGGAGGAAGGUAACAGGUGUUGUUUCCCCAAGUUAUUCAAUGGGACAACUUCAGACCAAAGCAACAUCUCACAAAACCCAAACCUCAACUUCUACCAGAUGGUUUAUGGCAUGACGGUGGUCGUCAUGUUGAUACUAGCCGUCAUCAAAUGCUUCUCCUACACUUGGGUCACCUUGAAUGCAUCCACCAAACUCCACAACACCAUGUUCAAGAAGAUUUUCUCCAGUCCCAUGAGUUUCUUCGACACAACGCCAACAGGCCGCAUUCUCAACCGCUUCUCCAAAGAUCAAGAGGAGGUGGACACGGCCCUUCCCCUCAACAUGGACCCCUUAUUGCAGUUUUCUGUGAUGGUUUUCUUCACCAUUAUCACCAUCUCUGCAGUCUUCCCCCUGAUUUUGAUAGCUGUGGUUUUAAUGGGAGCAUUUGUAGCUUUCAUUCUCUUUUGCAGUAUCUUCCAGAGGAGUAUCCGUCAUAUGAAGAGGAUGGAGAACAUCAGUCGUUCUCCCUGCAUCUCUCUCACAACCUCGACCCUGCAGGGCCUCAGCACCAUCCACGCCUACAACAUAAGAGACAGACACAUACAACUGUUCAAGACGCUGACUGACACCAACUCCCACUACUAUUUAUUGUUUAAUUCUGGCACACGCUGGCUCUGUUUCUGCCUGGACUCCAUGGCUUCCACCAUGACCUUGUUGGUAGCUCUUUUCGUAGUGCUAAAUAAUGACAUCAUCAGUCCGUCUUUGAAAGGCUUGGCCUUGUCCUACACCAUACAGUUGACAGGCAUGCUUCAGUAUACAGUGAGGCAAGCAACAGAAGUGGAGGCUAGAUUCAGCUCAGUGGAGCGGCUGCAGGAAUACAUCACGGGUUGUAAGUCUGAGGCCCCCAGGCAAAUAAAGGAGGCCCAAGUCCCAGAGGACUGGCCGAAGAGUGGAACCAUCACUUUCCAGGACUAUUCGAUGAGGUACAGGGAGAAUACACCCAUUGUCCUGAACAGACUUAAUUUCUCCAUCCGAGCUGGAGAGAAGCUGGGCAUUGUGGGAAGGACAGGCUCUGGGAAGUCCUCUCUCGGCGUGGCUCUGUUCAGGCUUGUGGAGCCAGCAGCAGGAACCAUCUUGAUCGAUGGCGUGGACAUCACGGCCAUUGGACUGCAGGAUCUGCGCAGCAAAUUGUCCAUCAUCCCCCAGGAUCCUGUGCUAUUCAGUGGCACAGUCAGGUACAACUUAGACCCCUUCAAUAACUUCAAUGAUGAGGAGAUCUGGGCGGCGCUGGAGAAGACCUACAUGAAGAACUCAAUCUCCAGACUGGAGGGGAAACUACAGGCAACGGUGCUGGAGAAUGGAGAGAACUUCUCUGUAGGAGAGAGACAACUCAUGUGUAUGGCUAGAGCACUACUCCGCAACUCCAAGAUCAUUCUCUUGGAUGAGGCUACAGCUUCCAUCGAUGCAGAGACAGACGCCUUGAUCCAGAACACCAUCCAAGAAGCCUUCAAGGACUGCACCAUGCUCACCAUCGCCCAUCGUAUCAACACUGUGCUCCACGCAGAUCGUAUUCUGGUCAUCGACAACGGCGAGGUGGCAGAGUUUGAUGAUCCAAAUGUGCUGAAGCAAAGACCAGACUCACUGUUCUCUGCACUCCUCACUGCUGCUAACACUGUGAACACCUGAGCUACAGAGGCCCAGUGGCAUUACUACACAUUAACAACAUA